AUGCCCAAUAGUGUUUCUACGUCUAUUAAAGUUGCUGCCGUCCAAGCAUCGCCAAUAUUUCUUGACAAAUCCGCAACAACAGAAAAAGUAUGCGCACUCAUCCGCCGCGCAGGUUCUCAAAAUGCCCGAGUCAUCGGCUUCCCAGAGACCUUUAUUCCAGGCUACCCAGGCUGGGUUGAAAUGGUUCCCCUCCACACCGAACACGCAGCAUCUCUCUUCCUGAAACUGUUCAAUGAAUCAGUUGAAGUCCCUGGCCCGGAGACAGAAGCAAUUGGGGAAGCAUGCAAAGAAGCAAAUAUCUACGCAGUCGUCGGAAUCAACGAGCGUCGUCCGGGCACAACAGGCACGUUGUUUAAUACCAACUUAUUCUUCGGCCCGGAUGGCUCAAUCUUGCACAAACAUCAAAAAUAUGUGCCCACAGUAGGGGAGAGACUUGUCCAUGCUCCUGGUCAGACAGGGAGCAGAGCCUCUAUUGUUGCCGACUUUGGCGGGUUAAGCAGUCUUAUUUGUGGUGAGAAUGGGAAUCCCCUGGGCCAGUACGCUAUCGGGCUUGAUUAUCCUGUGGUGCAUGUUGCCAGUUGGCCAGGCCAUUUUGCAGAAGGCAUGGGUGUGAACGAAGCCAUCAACGUCUAUGGAGCUGCUGUGGCGAGUUCAGUGGGUUGCUUUGUUGUCCAUGCAGUCGGGAUUGUAGGCGACGAUGCAAUUGAGGCAUACGGAGUUGAUGAGAAGGGAGAACGAUUUUUGAAACAACAACGAAGGGAUACCAGAGCGUGUGUGAUGGGGCCAGGGGGAAGUGUUUUGGCAAAGGGCAGCGAGGGAGAGCAAUUGGUGUAUGCGGAUGUUUGCGGUGACGACUUGGUCAAGGUCAAGUACGGACUGGACUAUGCUGGGCAUUACAAUCGACCAGAAAUAUUUGCGCACUUGUUCAAGACGUAUUUGGACUGA